GAGCAGUGGUGCUGAUGUGGAGAGAAGCCCAGGGUACCACUAAUUGAGGGAGUGAAGAAGGGAGCAGCUCACUUCUAACUGGACUGCAGUGUCCUGAGCUGGUGGCAGACCUGCCCUGACUUUCACUAGGACUCACCUCUCACAUUCCAGAAAACAUGACCCUCGCAGCCUACAAAGAGAAGAUGAAGGAGCUCCCGCUGGUGUCCUUGUUCUGCUCCUGUUUCCUGGCAGACCCCCUGAAUAAGUCAUCCUAUAAAUAUGAAGGCUGGUGUGGGAGACAGUGUAGGAGAAAAGAUGAAAGCCAGCGGAGAGACAGUACUGACUGGAGAGAAAGAAGAGAGCAGGCAGACACGGUGGACCUGAACUGGUGUGUAAUUUCCGACAUGGAAGUCAUCGAGCUGAACAAAUGCACCUCUGGCCAGUCCUUUGAAGUCAUCCUGAAGCCACCCUCCUUUGAUGGGGUGCCCGAGUUCAAUGCCUCCCUCCCCAGGAGGCGAGACCCAUCGCUGGAAGAAAUCCAGAAGAAGCUGGAAGCGGCUGAGGAGAGAAGGAAGUACCAGGAAGCUGAGCUCCUGAAGCACCUGGCAGAGAAGCGAGAACAUGAGCGGGAGGUGAUCCAAAAAGCCAUUGAGGAAAACAACAACUUCAUCAAGAUGGCAAAGGAAAAACUGGCUCAGAAGAUGGAAUCCAAUAAGGAGAACCGGGAGGCCCACCUUGCCGCCAUGUUGGAACGGCUGCAAGAGAAGGACAAGCACGCGGAGGAGGUGCGGAAAAACAAGGAGCUGAAGGAGGAGGCCUCCCGGUAAAGCCCAGAGGCAAAGAAGUUUCCAGAACGGCCGGACAGCUCCAGCGGCUCCGCAGUUCCCGAGGCAGCCUCGCCCGCCGCUGGCUGCUCUCCCAGCACUGGGGUUUGGGGGGAGGGGGGUGGCCAGGGGCGUUUCCUCUGCUUUUGGUGUUUGUACAUGUUAAGAAUUGACCUGUGAAGCCAUCCUAUUUGUUUCAGGGGAACAAUGAUGGGGUGGGAGAGGGGAGAAAAGGAGCCGAGGUUUGGAAAGGGAGAUGGAGGACUCGUGGGCAUUUGCUACCCAGCCCAGGGCAAGUCCUCGGCUUUUCUUCACAGUGAGCAUCGGGGCACCGCCUUGAGGGAAGUUAAAAUCAGGCGGUAGAAUUCCGAGUGAAGGGCGGAGUCCUGGGUGGAGCGAGGGCUGCAGGGCGUGGCCGGAGACGCCAGCAGGGGGUGUGGGGGGGGCCCUGCGGCUGGGGGAUGAGGUCUGAGUGUGUGUGUGUGGGGGUGUGCGCGUGCGUGUGUCCGUGCGUGUGCGUGUGUGUGUUUUAACCAUCAUCUUUUGAUCAUCAUGACCAAUAAUGAAACAUUUACUCCAAG